AUGCUUACGAAGCUCGAAGAUCCCGUUCAUCCUUUAUUAGGUCCAACGCUUAAGGGUUUACGGGCUUGGGGAAUGUGGCAACCGAAAAAGGGAAUAAGACGAGCUCUGUACAAUAUUGUUCACGUCUUAGCUGUUCUCUUCGUAAUCACACAGUACAUCGAGCUUUGGUUCAUUCGAUCUAAAUUGGAUUUGGCUCUCCGAAACCUCUCUGUCUCCAUGCUUAGCACCGUUUGCGUCGUGAAAGCUGGCACCUUCAUCUACCGGCAGCGAGACUGGUGCAGCAUCAUCAAUUUCGUUUCCUCGAUCGAGUUUAAACAAUCGAAAGAUACCAAACAUAUCCGCGAUGCGUAUAAAAAAUAUUCGAGAAACGUGACGUACUUCUACUGGUCUUUAGUAACGGCCACUGUUUUUACGGUUAUUUUAGCACCGUUGAUGAGUUUUUUAUCAUCCAGUGGGUAUAGGGAGAGGAUUCGGAAUGGCGCUGCGCCGUAUCCGGAAAUUAUGAGCUCAUGGGCGCCGUUCGAUAAGUCUAAAGAUUUCGGGUACAAAGUGAUGCUUUUGGAGCACACGUUAAUUUGUUUCUACGGUGGUGGUAUCGUGGCGACUUACGACUCUAACGCCGUGGUGCUAAUGACGUUUUUCUCAGGGCAACUUGAGCUUUUGAAAUUCAAAUGCAGUAGAUUAUUUGGCGAUGGCAGUAGAGAUAUAUCUGAGGAAGAAGCGAUUGUAAAGAUACGAGAAUGCCACGAUCAUCAUAUUGAUUUAGUCAAGUAG